GGCACACUGUAUGAGGACAAUGACCCCAUGGACAUCCUUGUCCUGAUGCAGGAACAAGUUGUUCGUGGCUAUUUCCCGCAUGCUCGUGCCAUUCUGCUUAUGCCUAUGAUUGACCAGGGUGAGAAAGAUCAUAAGAUCAUAGCUGUAUGUGCUGUUGACCCUGAACACCGUCACUUCGGAUAUAUCAGUGAACUUCCCCAACAUCGCCUUGAGAAGAUUUCUCCCUUGUUUGAAGAUUACAAGAAUGAAAACAAAGAGGUUGCGGUGAAUGAUUUCCUCCCAGCAGACAAUGCCAUCAACGCAAUAAAGUACUGGAUGUGA